AUGAUAUUCCCAUUAAUGAGUGAGAAAGUAGGAUUAGUAUCACCAGCCAGCACCACCAUCAACACCUUACCAAACCUACCUCCAAGACCCAUCACUUGUUCAAACCGAUCACCAUUUCAAGAUUUAGUAGGCACCAAACUAAACCAAUGGAGUUUAUCGAACCAUAUCUUUCCAGCUGCCUAUCCAAGAACCCUCAAGGGAUCAUCUCUUCCCAACCAACCGAACUUAUCAUCCACUAAACUGAUCAGAUCAGAAGACCGAAACCAAAUGGCUCAUAUGGUUUAUGAAGCUAAUCGAACUAGUCCAAGACUGAAUCAUACAAUGAAAGUAGAUCAAGUAGAUGAACAACAACUAUACGUUUCGGUGAAUCGAUAUUUCAGAACCAUUUCAACUUCAUCUACCCACUCGAAUCAAGGACUUACCUUGAUCCUUUCACAUGCCAAUGGAUUACACAAAGAAACUUGGGAACCUAUGCUUUCGUAUCUUUUACAAUCACCUCAAUCUGAUUUGAUUCAUGAGAUUUGGAGUUUAGAUUGUAUAAAUCAAGGUGAUAGUGCGAUCCUAAACCAAGAUUCAUUAGGUGAAAGAUUUUAUUGGGCAGAUACAUCAAGAGAUUUACUUCAAUUUAUCAUUUCUUACUUACCUGAAAGCCAAACCACCACCCAUGAACCCAAAGACCUCCCCAGAAUGUUAUCACAACAAGUCUUACCAAACCCAUCAAUUUUAAACUUAUCAAGAACCCCAUCACCCACAAAACCCAUGAAAUGGCGUGACCGGAAGAUCUGUUUAAUCGGACAUUCCUUAGGCGGAUUCGCCUCAGCCAUCACAAUGACGACUAAACCCGAAUUGAUCCAUUCGAUGAUCUUAAUAGAUCCAGUAAUAAAUCCAGCCCUUCGAACUGAUCAAGAAACAGAAACGAUUCUAAAGUAUCGAACAAGUUUAUCGGUUCAUAGACGAUCGAAAUGGAACACAUACGAAAAAUUAAAAACUUUAUUACGAUCAAACCAAGAUUUUAAACCUUUGAUCGCGUAUAUCUUUGCUGAUGAAAACCGUUCGGUUCUGGAUGAAAACCAUCUAAGAUAUUAUAUUGAUGAAAUCAAUUCACAAGGUUUGAAGGUUGUUAGGAUCAUGGGAACUGGACAUUUGGUUGUUCAAGAAGUGCCUGAGAAAUUGGCUGGUCAGAUCGCAUUGAUCUUAAAGGAAUUUAAUCAUGAUUCGAUUCGGUAUAAGUUAUAA